GGGUCGGGGCCGCCGCUGGUGGCCGGGGAGGCCGGGCGGGCGAGCCGGGCCGCGGGGUGCCGUCGGGCUCCGGGUUUCGGGGCGUGUGUGUGGCGGGGAGGGGGCGGUCGGCGGCGCCCGGGGAGCGCGCCGGGGCCGGGAGGCGAGCCGAGAGUGGAGGAGGAGAAGGAGGAGGCGGCGGCGGCGGCGGGAGCGCUCCCCAGGAAUGUCGCUGCUGCUGCCGCCGCCCGCGCCGCGGCCGCUGCCGCCGCCGCCGAGGAGGAGACGGCGGAGACCGACGCUGUUAGGAAGAUGAUUCAUCUGAUUUUGAAGACUUGUUUGAGGAAAUGAGGGAAAUACAAAGAACCAAAUAUAAUUCUGAAAUCCAGGAUCUGUAUUUUGAGAUGACUUUAUUUUCAGAAUGAAAAGCAUAUGUGGUUACCUUUAUGAAUGUAGAGACAUGAGAAGAAAGUUAUGAUGGCAAAAAACAAAGAGCCUCGUCCCCCAUCCUAUACUAUCAGUGUAGUUGGACUCUCUGGAACUGAAAAAGACAAAGGUAACUGUGGAGUUGGAAAGUCUUGUUUGUGCAAUAGAUUUGUACGCUCAAAAGCAGAUGAAUACUAUCCAGAGCAUACUUCUGUGCUUAGCACCAUUGACUUUGGAGGAAGAGUAGUAAACAAUGAUCAUUUUUUAUAUUGGGGUGACAUAAUACAAAGUGGUGAAGAUGGAGUAGAAUGCAAAAUUCAUGUCAUUGAACAGACAGAAUUCAUUGAUGACCAGACUUUCUUGCCUCAUCGGAGUACAAAUUUACAACCAUAUAUAAAACGUGCAGCUGCCUCUAAAUUACAGUCAGCAGAAAAACUGAUGUAUAUUUGCACUGAUCAACUCGGCUUGGAGCAAGACUUUGAGCAGAAGCAAAUGCCGGAAGGGAAACUCAAUGUCGAUGGAUUUUUAUUGUGCAUUGAUGUAAGUCAAGGAUGUAAUCGGAAAUUUGAUGAUCAACUUAAAUUUGUGAAUAACCUUUUUGUCCAGCUAUCAAAAUCAAAAAAACCUGUAAUAAUAGCAGCAACUAAAUGUGACGAAUGUGUGGAUCAUUAUCUUAGAGAAGUUCAAGCAUUUGCUUCAAACAAAAAGAACCUUCUUGUAGUGGAAACAUCAGCAAGAUUUAAUGUCAACAUUGAGACAUGUUUCAUUGCACUGGUACAAAUGUUGGAUAAAACUCGUGGCAAACCUAAAAUUAUUCCGUAUCUGGAUGCUUAUAAAACACAGAGACAACUUGUUGUCACAGCAACAGAUAAGUUUGAAAAACUUGUGCAGACGGUGAGAGACUAUCAUGCAACUUGGAAAACUGUUAGUAAUAAAUUAAAAAAUCAUCCAGAUUAUGAAGAAUAUAUCAACUUAGAGGGAACAAGAAAGGCCAAAAAUACGUUCUCAAAACAUAUAGAGCAACUUAAACAGGAACAUAUCAGAAAAAGAAGAGAAGAAUAUAUAAAUACUUUACCAAGAGCUUUUAAUACUCUUUUGCCAAAUUUGGAGGAGAUAGAACAUUUGAAUUGGUCAGAAGCUUUGAAAUUAAUGGAGAAAAGAGCAGAUUUCCAGUUAUGUUUUGUGGUGCUAGAAAAAACACCUUGGGAUGAAACUGACCAUAUAGACAAAAUUAAUGAUAGACGAAUCCCAUUUGACCUCUUGGGCACUUUAGAAGCUGAAAAGGUCUAUCAGAACCAUGUACAGCAUCUAAUAUCAGAGAAAAGGCGAGUUGAAAUGAAGGAAAAAUUCAAGAAGACUUUGGAAAAAAUUCAGUUCAUUUCACCUGGGCAGCCGUGGGAGGAAGUUAUGUGCUUUGUUAUGGAGGAUGAAGCCUUCAAAUACAUCACUGAGGCUGACAGCAAAGAGGUAUAUGGUAGGCAUCAGCGAGAGAUAGUUGAAAAAGCCAAAGAAGAGUUUCAGGAAAUGCUUUUUGAACAUUCUGAACUUUUUUAUGAUUUAGAUCUUAAUGCAACACCAAGUUCAGAUAAAAUGAGUGAAAUUCAUACAGUUCUGAGUGAAGAACCGAGGUACAAAGCUUUACAGAAACUUGCACCUGAUAGGGAAUCUCUUCUCCUUAAACACAUAGGAUUUGUUUAUCAUCCCACUAAAGAAACAUGCCUUAGUGGCCAAAACUGUACAGACAUUAAAGUGGAGCACUUACUUGCCAGUAGUCUCUUACAGUUGGAUCAUGGACGUUUGAGGUUAUAUCAUGAUAGUACCAAUAUAGAUAAAGUUAACCUUUUCAUUUUAGGGAAAGAUGGUCUUGCCCAAGAACUAGCAAAUGAAAUAAGGACGCAAUCCACUGAUGAUGAAUAUGCCUUAGAUGGAAAAAUUUAUGAACUUGAUCUUCGGCCAGUUGAUGCCAAAUCGCCUUAUAUUUUGAGUCAAUUAUGGACUGCCGCCUUUAAACCACAUGGGUGCUUCUGUGUAUUUAAUUCCAUUGAGUCACUGAGUUUUAUCGGAGACUUCAUUGGAAAAGUGAGAACUGAAGCUUCUCAGAUCAGAAAAGAUACAUAUAUGGCUAAUCUUCCAUUUACAUUAAUUCUGGCUAAUCAGCGAGAUUCCAUUAGUAAGAAUCUACCCAUUCUCAGGCACCAAGGACAGCAGUUGGCAAACAAGUUACAAUGUCCUUUUGUAGAUGUACCUACUGGUACAUAUCCUCGUAAAUUUAAUGAAUCCCAAAUAAAGCAAGCUCUAAGAGGAGUCUUGGAAUCAGUCAAACACAAUUUGGAUGUGGUAAGCCCAGUUCCUACCAAUAAAGAUGUAUCAGAAGCUGACUUGAGAAUUGUCAUGUGUGCCAUGUGUGGCGAUCCAUUUAGUGUAGAUCUUAUUUUAUCACCCUUCCUUGAUUCUCAUUCUUGUAGUGCUGCUCAAGCUGGUCAGAAUAAUUCCCUAUUGCUUGACAAAAUUAUUGGUGAAAAAAGAAGGCGGAUACAGAUCACAAUAUUAUCGUACCACUCCUCAAUUGGAGUAAGGAAAGAUGAACUGGUUCAUGGGUAUAUAUUAGUUUAUUCUGCAAAACGGAAAGCGUCAAUGGGAAUGCUUAGAGCAUUUCUAUCAGAAGUUCAGGACACCAUUCCUGUACAACUGGUGGCAGUUACUGACAGCCAAGCAGAUUUUUUUGAAAAUGAAGCUAUCAAAGAAUUAAUGACUGAAGGAGAACAUAUUGCAACUGAGAUCACUGCUAAAUUUACAGCAUUAUAUUCUUUAUCUCAGUAUCAUCGGCAGACAGAAGUCUUUACUCUGUUUUUCAGUGAUGUUCUAGAGAAAAAAAAUAUGAUAGAAAAUUCCUAUUUGUCUGACAAUACACGGGAAUCAGCCCAUCAAAGUGAAGAUGUUUUUCUACCAUCUCCCAGAGACUGUUAUCCCUAUAACAACUACCCUGAUUCAGAUGAUGACACUGAAGCACCACCUCCUUAUAGUCCAAUUGGGGAUGAUGUGCAGUUGCUUCCAACACCUAGUGACCGUUCCAGAUACAGGUUAGACUUGGAAGGAAAUGAAUAUCCUGUUCAUAGUACCCCAAACUGUCAUGAUCAUGAACGCAACCAUAAAGUGCCUCCACCUAUUAAACCUAAACCAGUUGUACCUAAGACAAAUGUGAAGAAACUGGAUCCAAACCUUUUAAAAACAAUUGAAGCUGGUAUUGGUAAAAACCCAAGAAAACAGAUUUCUCGGGUGCCUUUGGCACAUCCUGAAGAUAUGGAUUCUUCAGAUAACUAUGCGGAACCCAUAGACACAAUUUUCAAACAGAAGGGCUACUCUGAUGAGAUUUAUGUUGUCCCAGAAGAUAGUCAGAAUCGAAUUAUUAAAAUUCGAAACUCAUUUGUAAAUAAUACCCAAGGAGAUGAAGAAAAUGGAUUUUCUGAUAGAACCUCAAAAGGUCAUGGGGAACGGAGACCUUCAAAAUACAAAUAUAAAUCUAAAACCCUGUUUAGUAAAGCCAAGUCAUACUAUAGAAGAACACAUUCAGAUGCAAGUGAUGAUGAGGCUUUCACUACUUCUAAAACAAAAAGAAAAGGAAGGCAUCGUGGAAGUGAAGAAGAUCCACUACUUUCUCCUGUUGAAACUUGGAAGGGUGGUAUUGAUAAUCCUGCUAUCACUUCUGACCAGGAGGUAGAUGAUAAGAAGAUGAAGAAGAAAACCCACAAAGUAAAAGAGGAUAAAAAGCAGAAAAAGAAAAUUAAGAACUUUAAUCCACCAACACGUAGAAAUUGGGAAAGUAAUUACUUUGGGAUGCCCCUCCAGGAUCUGGUUACAGCUGAGAAGCCCAUACCUCUAUUUGUUGAAAAAUGUGUGGAAUUCAUUGAAGAUACAGGAUUAUGUACCGAAGGACUCUACCGAGUUAGUGGAAACAAAACUGAUCAAGACAACAUUCAAAAGCAGUUUGAUCAAGAUCAUAAUAUCAGUCUAGUAUCAAUGGAAGUGACAGUAAAUGCUGUAGCUGGCGCUCUUAAAGCUUUCUUUGCAGAUUUACCAGAUCCUUUAAUUCCAUAUUCACUCCAUCCGGAACUUUUGGAAGCAGCAAAAAUUCCAGAUAAAACAGAACGCCUUCAUGCCUUGAAAGAAAUUGUUAAGAAAUUUCAUCCUGUAAACUACGAUGUAUUCAGAUAUGUGAUAACACACCUAAACAGGGUUAGUCAGCAAAAUAAAAUCAACCUAAUGACAGCAGACAACUUAUCUAUCUGUUUUUGGCCAACGUUGAUGAGACCUGAUUUUGAAAAUCGAGAGUUUCUGUCUACUACUAAGAUCCAUCAAUCUGUGGUUGAAACAUUCAUUCAACAGUGUCAAUUUUUCUUUUAUAAUGGAGAAAUUCUAGAAACUGUGAACGCUGUGGCCCCUCUACCACCUACAAACCCUGGACAGUUGGUGGAAUCAAUGGUACCACUUCAGUUACCACCACCAUUGCAACCUCAGCUGAUUCAACCACAAUUACAGACAGAUCCUCUUGGUAUUAUAUAAGUAAUCACUGAUUGCAGACAGCCUGACAUUGGACAAAAAAAGUCUAGACAUGCAUGUUUCAGGGUUCAGUAGUAUAUUUCAUAUUUCAUACAAAUAAUUCACAUUCAAAAUGAGAGAUUUUCUCUUUGAACUAUAUUAUAUUCCUUAUUCACUUCCAUUACAAAUCAAAGACCAUAUGGUAAGCAUGACUGGAGAGGUUUAAUUUUUAUAAACAAAAAUAGCUAUAAAAUACAAAGCUGCUGCUGCAUGCAACCUUAUUGCAAUCAGUAUAUCAUUCCUGUGGCAAUUUCUGUCACAUUAUAUUGUGAAUAAAAUUUUUCUAUAGAAAUUAAAUGAUUUAAAGACUCACAUAUAUGAAACAUUUAAUGCUUCUCAGCCUGCUUUAUGGCUGGUUUUGUUACUCAGUGUGCUAAUUUGGGUAUCUUAAUUUACAUUCUAGCAGUCUGUAGAUAACUAAAAGCCCAGUUAAGUAUUUUAUAAUUUCAGGCUACUAUGCCAUGCUUGGGAUGUUGUUUGAAAGAAAGAAAGAAAAAAGAAUACAUGUAACAUAUUUCACAUUUCUGCACCUUCAUUGUACUUCUGAGUAAACCUGUGGAUAAUUUGAUGAGGUAUAAAUGAGCCUUUUUCUUUUAUACACAUACCAAGGACAUGCUUGUGGCUAAAGUGAGUUGAUAAUGUGGUACAAAGGGUAGUUGUCACCAACUCAUUUCUUUAUGGUCCAUAAUAAAAAACAUUUUGUAUGCUGUUAAUUCUGUAAACAGAUGCAUGUUCAAAAGAUCUAUGAUGGUCUUAUAAUCUUAAUCUAAUAUAUUUUAGAUAUUUUAAUUUUUCCCUCUUAGGGAAUACAUUUAGUAUAGUGUAGAAAAAUACUUCAUGACAUUUUCAUAUAAGGUUAUAUAACUUUUCAUACAUAAACAUAAAAUUUGUUGUAGAAAAUUCUUUAAACCAAAUUUUAAUCUAGGAUUUCAAUUUAAUCUGUUCCUUGAAUCUAUUUUUAUGUGGCCCUUAAGAACAUAUCCAAAAUAUCCAUUGCUAAUAUAGCAAUAAAAAUACUUUGGGUACUGACAGACUCGUUGGAGUGUGUAUAUAUAAAAUCACAAACUUGCAUUCAUAUCUUUUCUGUGAUGUGUUGUGUUAAAAUCCAAAAUGGCUUUUGCACCAUUUUUUAAACGUCUUUUUUUUUUUCUUUUGAUGUUGGUACUGGAGUUGCUAUAAAUGACUGCUGCUUUUGGAGUUAAAUGUUUGUUAGUGAAGAUACACCCGGAGCACUAAUACACAAAAAAAUUCAGUACAGGUAGCACAAAUUUUGUUAGACUUCAUUCAGAAUUGUUUCAUUAUCAUACCACCAUUAUUUUUCUGGUAAGGGGAAAUAAGGUUUUUCCACUACUGGUAUGUAGUAAAUGUAGACACUACAUACAUACUAGUAUGUAGUAAAAUGUAGUAAAGAAGAAGUUAACUGAUUAUUGUUAUCUUCAUACUGCAAUUUUUUAAAUUACCUUACAUGUAUUAUAGUAAAUAGAUAAUUUAGAGAUUCAAGGCUCCUAAGAGUUUGAUUUACUUCAUUUUUCCCCUAAAAUAACUAUUUCCUAGAAUUGUACUUCCAAUUCUCACUUCAGAACCAAGAUGUCAACAAGAACCAGGCUGCUGUUGAAAUACAUGUAUAUUAUAAAUUAUCUUAUUUGUGUUACACUCUUACAUGUUAUAUUAUCUUUUCUAAGAAAACAAAGUCCCUAUUGUUCCUAUUGCAAAGCACACAGGAAUUAAGAAAGUACAGUAAUUUUUAAAAAAAAAUCCGGUAAAUGUAGUAUUCUUAACUUGUUCUAUAUUACUUAUGCCUAUUGUCUAUAUAGCUUUAAUUUAUAGCUGUCAGUUUAACAUUGGCAUGUCUGGCAAAGAAAAUUAAAACUUUAAGAGUUUUAUAAACUGUUUCUAGGUUGCUAAAGAAUUUAUUUUUCUACUAUAUAUGGUAUAGACAAAGCAUCAAACUAUGUACAGGGAAAAAAAAAGCCUGAAUAUUUCUAUUGGAAAUAGGCUGAAAAGAGAAUUUUCAGAACUGUUUGUGUCUUUGGUUCAUUCUAUCAUAACUCGGCUAUUGUAAUAUGUGAAUUCAGUUUAUUUAAGCUGUUCUCUUUUUAUACCAUGUUAAUUUAACAUUCAUUUGCAUUUAGUACCAUCUUGUUACUAUAAUUAGCAUUUAUCAUUUUCCACAUUUAAUCACCUUACACCUUUCCUAAAACUUUUUUUCUGCAUUUCUAUGCAUUCUGUCAUUGAUUUGACACACUUCAUAGUGAGUCUUUUAAAUGUUCUACAUAUGGUUCAAUUAACUAGUAGGUUACAGUUAUUGAAAAUUAAAGUCCAAUUUAAAGCUCAGUCUGUUACACUGAAUUGAUUGUGUUUGUUUUUGCCAAGGGUUUAGCAAUGUUUUUAAAUAUUAGAAAAAUAAUUCUAAGAACAGAGUAACAAUAUUUUUUCUGGUAAGUUACUGAAACAUUUCACGUUUUAGGGGGAUAUAUUAUUUAUGAGGCUUCUUAAAAGACUGAACAAAUGGUCUCAUAAUUAUGGAUAAACAUUAAGGCAUUUUACAAUAUUAAAUAAAAUUCCAUCCACACACAUUGCCAUUGUUUCAUUCAUGCUUAGAGUUAUUACAAUAUUGGACUUAACAAUAUCUAGAUUAACAGUAUAAAAUGCAUAGUGGUACUGUCUCAAACUUUCAGUAGCAUUUUCAGAGGCCAGAUUCUAUUCAACAGACACCUUUAGGAAAUCCAAGUAAUUUACAAAAAAAAAAUAGACAAAAUAUUUUUGUUUCAUAUUAUAUUUUUAGUAGUGCUUUUUCCCCUUAACAUUAACAAAUUGUAAAUACUGUGGGUAACAGCAAUCUAAUUUAGCCAGAAAGCAGCUUUUAUUUUCCAUGCUGUUUGUAAAUAAUACCAACCAUUUAGAAUUUUUUUGAGGUGCCAGAAUAUAAUUUCUAAUAUCUCUUAGAUAUAAAAAUAAAAGGGAGCAAUUGAAAUAAGAACUUAGGUUCCAUAGUGACUUUUAGUUUUUUAUACAGUAAUAAUUGUGAUGCUAUUUGUCAGCUGGAUAUAAAUAUAUAUACAUAUAUAAUUUUAAAAAGUCAAAAGUGGUUUGUUUCCUUGUUCUAACAGAUGUGCUUCACCGAGAGGGUGCUGCAAUAAAUUGUCAGCCAAGCCUCUAAUGUAGAGUACCGUGAAUAAGACAUUAAUUUAUACUUUCCUCUAUUUACCUUUUUAAGUAAGCCAACAAUUUUUCAAGUAAAAUGUGAAAAAUAAGUUUAGUCAAUAUAAUGAGAAUUCUGCUAGGGAAAUUUAUCAUUGGGCUUUCACUACACAAUGAAAGGAGAUUUAAAAUUCAUUCUGGUGUCUUUGAAAAUUGGAUAUAAGUCAUCAGGAAAAUGAGAUAAUGUAUGAUUUCUAAAACUCAGACUUUAGCUGAAUCUGAAUUUUUGAGGUAUAGCUAAACAUUGUUUUGAACCACUAGAAAUGUUUUUAAGCUUGUUCUCCUUACAGCAGAGCUUUUAAUGUCAAAGAAUGUAAUUUUUUUUUUUCUCCUCUUCAUGGUUUGGAAAUCCAAGCCAAACUUUAUGGGUAUAUGCUGGAUAGACCUGUCGGAUUCUGUGGAUUUGGUGAGGUCAUUUUGUCUUGAAACUUUUUAAUUUUGCUUUUAAUUAUGUAAUAUAUUUUUCAUCAGUGUUCAGUACUUGAAUUCAGGACUUGAAUGCUUGCUAAGGCAGGCAUUAUGCCACUUGAGCCAUUCCUCCAGCCCAAAUAAUUCUUGGAAGGAUGUUUGUUUUAAUGCAUUAUGGGAGAUGUUUACUUUUUAUUAUAUUUGAGUUCUUGAAAUUUGCCUUUCCAGGUUGCCAAAUAUUUGAAAAAUAAACAUUUUUGAGGUGUAAUAAGGCAAGGGAAUACUCUUAAAUCAUUUUUUAUUAUUGUGACAUCUGUAUGUACUUUUUGAAGACUAUUCAUUAAUAUUUCAUUCUAACAUCCUACAUUUGGUGUGAUCCACAUGUACAUAAAGCAGUUCAAACCUACUUGGAACUUCCACUAUUUAGUUGAACCUAAUCAUCAUCAGCAUGACCGCCUCCCACAGACAAAAUGCAAUUUACCUUUCAGGAGGAGUGGAAAGCCACAGAAUCUCAUUCAUGUCUUAGUUAAAUUGUGUAAUAUGAGUCAUUUGUGGAAACUGCUCACACAGGAAGAAUGUUUUUUUUUAAGCUAGUGAAUAAAUUCACAAUGAAAGUUAAUAUUUUUAUUUCAAAUGGUUAAGAUUACUGUGAAAAAAUUUAAUAAUAGCUCUCCCAUCCUAAUAGUUACUUAACAUGUAGUCUAUCACUUUCGUAGUGUUUCAAUUUUUUCCUAUUUCUGUAUUAAGUUUUAUUUCAAUAUAAUUGAUUAGGAUUUAUACCCAAAUUGGUUUUAAAUAUGUGUCAGUCUUCCCUCAUCAGAUCAUUUUCUUGUGUCCUUAACUGUAAAUGGUUUGUCCUAUAUUCUAAGUACUUGCUGUGAAUUUUUUUUUAAAGAUUCUUAGCAGCUUUAGAUUUGGAGCUCUUAGAUUUCUUUUCUCUAGGUAUUUGGUAUAUUUUUACCCAAAUAAAUGUCUUAGGUGUUCAAGAA